GUGGCAGUAUAACGCGGAAUAAGGCCCUCUUUACGUUUAGCUACCAUGGCGAAGGAAGCGAAGAAGGUACCACAGGUUCCUGAAUCUUUACUGAAGAAACAGAAAAAGAGGUUGGAGUUAAAGGCAAAAGCCUUAGACAAUGUUAUUAAGCAGAAAAAGGUUCGUCGUCAGAAAAGGAAGGAGAUAUUCAAACGUGCCAUGAAAUAUGCUAAAGAAUACAGGAGCAUGGAAAGAACUGCCAUCCAUCUUAAGAGGAUGACGAAGAAGCAAGGAAACUUCUUUGUUCCUGCCGAGCCCAAGCUUGCUUUCGUUAUCAGAAUUAGAGGUAUCAAUGGAGUAAGUGUAACAUAUAAGUUGAUUCUGAUAUUUGUGUUUGUUUACAGUAUCAAUGGAGUAAGUGUAACAUAUAAGUUGAUUCUGAUAUUUGUGUUUGUUUACAGUAUCAAUGGA